AUGGAGAAAAUAAGCAAGAAACACCUCUUAAAAUCUAUAAAUAGUAUUCGUUUUAUUUUCCAUAUGCGUUCUUGUUUAAAAUUCCCUUCGAAAGUAACCUACAAAAAAAUGGACAAGGAAGAGGAGGAGAGCACACCGAGGACCUUCAAGGAAUUAAUGCGGGUGCCAGUGCAGUUUUACCGGAGCAUUGGCGAGGACAUCUAUGCCCAUCGCUCCAAGAAUCCCCUGAAAUCGCUGCUGCUGAAGAUAUAUCUUUAUGCGGGAUUUAUUAAUUUCAAUUUACUGGUGAUUGGUGAACUGGUGUUCUUUUACAAGUCAAUCCAGGACUUUGAGACCAUUCGUUUGGCCAUUGCCGUGGCUCCCUGCAUUGGCUUCUCUUUGGUCUCCGACUUUAAGCAAUUCGCCAUGGCUUAUCGCAAGGGGCUCCUUGUACAGCUCCUGGACGAGCUGGAGGACAUGCAUCCAAAGAGCCUUCAAAAGCAGAAGGAAUACCAACUGCAGGAUUUUGAAAAGACCAUGAAGCGAGUGAUCAACAUCUUUACAUUUCUGUGCUUGGCUUAUACCACUACCUUUACCCUUUAUCCGGCCAUCAAGGCUUCGGUGAAGUAUAAUUUCCUGGGCUAUGACACCUUUGAUAGGAACUUUGGCUUCCUGAUUUGGUUUCCCUUUGAUGCUACCAGCAGCAAUCUCAUUUAUUGGAUUACUUACUGGGACAUAGCUCAUGGUGCUUACUUGGCUGGCAUAGCCUUUCUCUGUGCGGAUUUGCUGCUAGUGGUGGUCAUCACCCAGAUUUGCAUGCACUUUAAUUAUAUAUCCAUCAGGCUGGAGAAUCAUCCUUGUAAUCCUGGAGAGGAUAGGGAGAAUAUAGAAUUUCUGGUGUGGAUUAUUAGGUAUCAUGACAAGUGCUUGACACUUUGUGAACAUGUCAACAGCCUGUACAGCAUUUCCUUGCUUCUCAAUUUCCUGAUGGCCUCGAUGCAGAUUUGUUUCAUCGCCUUUCAGGUCACUGAAUCUACAUUAGAGGUCAUUAUUAUUUACUGCAUUUUCCUGAUGACCUCCAUGGUUCAGGUGUUUUUGGUUUGCUACUAUGGAGACUCUUUGAUAGCAGCGAGUCUUAGAGUUGGAGAUGCCGCCUACAAUCAAAAGUGGUUUCAGUGCAGUAAAACCUACUGUCAAAUGUUAAAGUUACUGAUAAUGAGGAGUCAAAAGCCAGCUUCUAUAAGACCGCCUACUUUUCCGCCCAUAUCUUUGGUAACCUAUAUGAAGGUCAUCAGCAUGUCCUAUCAGUUCUUUGCCUUGCUGAGAACCACCUACAAAGAUGGCUAA